CGGGCAGCAGGGGGCAUUCUGCAUAUGGCCAGGGGCGGCGGGAGCAGCGGGGCGCGGGAGGGAAGGAGGGGGUUGCCCCGGAGCCGCGCUGGCAGGCCGAGCUGCGGGGCUGGGGCGGCUGCUGGGCCGCCACCGAGGGCGGCCUCCACCCCUUCGCUUUCGCUUUCCGCGCCGGGCAGGCUAGAGGAAGGCGAGGCCGGGGCCUGGAGGACCUCCGGCGUGCCCCGGGAUGGCUUCCUGAGGACGUGGCCGGCCGGGUUUUCUACCUUGGUGAAGUGUUGACUGGACAAGUGUUGACUUGAGAGCUGCUUUUAGGAUGUCUGAAGAUGACGAAAAAGUUAAGCUGCGUCGAAUUGAACCUGCCAUUCAGAAAUUCAUUAAAGUGGCAAUUCCAACAGAUUUGGAAAGGUUGAGAAAACACCAAAUAAAUAUUGAGAAGUACCAGAGGUGCAGGCUCUGGGACAGAUUGCACGAAGAGCACAUUAACGCAGGACGAACAGUUCAGCAACUCCGUGCCAAUAUGAGAGAAAUGGAGAAGCUCUGUUUGCGAGUCCGGCAGGAAGACAUCCCACUUCUGCAGAGAAUGAUAAACCCUGUUAAAGAGGAAGCUUCAUUUGCCAUAAAAGACUUCCUGCAGCUCCAUUCUGAAUCUGCAGAAGAACUGAAAAGGCAACUUGAAGGACAGGAGGAUACCUCUUUAACCAGAUCUGCAACUGUAGGAGGAGAAACUUCAUAUAACACAGAAGUGAAGGAUGGAUCCCAAAGUUUAAUCCAGAUCUCCUCCCGCCUUCCCGAAAUACCUCAGGAAGAAAAUGCAGCUGAGUCCUGGGAAACUUUAGAAGGGGACUUGGUUGAGCUUAGCCAGUUGGUGACUGACUUUUCCCUCUUAGUCACUUCUCAGCAGGAGAAGAUUGACAGGAUUGAAGACCAUGUCAACACUGCUGCUGUGAAUGUUGAAGAGGGAACCAAAAACUUGGGGAAGGCUGCAAAAUACAAGCUGGCAGCUCUGCCUGUGGCAGGUGCAGUCAUUGGAGGAGUGGUGGGGGGUCCCAUUGGUCUCCUUGCAGGCUUCAAAGUGGCAGGAAUUGCAGCUGCACUUGGUGGUGGGAUUUUGGGUUUCACAGGUGGAAAAUUGAUACAGAAAAGAAAACAAAAAAUGAUUGAGCAGGUCUCUUCCAGCUGUCCAGAGCUUUCUUGCCCAAGUGCCAAAAAAUCCAGCUGAAGCAGAGAUUCAUUACGACCAGGCACAAAGGUGUAGUAGCCACGCUAAUGACAGACUUUCAACCUUACGCUUCCAAUAAAAGGCCGAGUUGUGCGAGGGAUGAAACGGUAAUGGCAGAAUUUCUUUCUACACACAGUGACAUCAGGCCUUUGAAAACUGUAUGGAUAACUUUUAAUUAGAAAACUUUCUUGUGAGCUGUGUGCACAGCUGUAAUGAUGGGUGACAGGUGCUUCAUGCCAAGUUUGCACGGUGUCUUGCAGACACUGCAGAGCGGGGGGAUCUGGAAAACCCCAGUGCUUUGCCAUGAAGCUGGAGCUUUAUGAUACUGCUUUUAUUAAAGGAAAUAAGCUCCAUCACUCUUUCAGCUUUCUUUUAUUUAUCUGAAUUCCCAACCUUCUCCUGUGUGUAUUCCCAGGAUAAGACAGACUAUGCCUAUUCAGUAACACAAAGGGAAGUGUUAGCUGCUAUAAGGAAAGGUGAAAGUGUUGAGUGAGCCAUGUGGAAAAAGCCCUUUUCUAUAUCCCCCAUCUGCCUCUGUCAAAUCAGAUCAGCAUCACAAGCAGCUUUUCCUUUUUUCCCAGGUACUUAUUUUAAAACAAGAAGUAUAAAGUCCUCAUCCUUUUCAAAGUGCAGUUAAGAAUUAAACAGUCUAAGCAGCAACCCUGCAGGACUGCUGCUGGAGAAAGGUAAUUCUCCAUGGCUGUUCCACUCCUUGGCUUGCUGAGAACGCCAUACUGGAUGAAGUGCCACGCUUUGACAUUCUGAGCCUGAAGCCUCAGCUUACUUAAGCAGUACUUACUGCUGGAUGUUGCCCUUGCUUUUCAUCUGUCACCAGCAGCCCUCUGAGUGCCAAACAGCCCCUCCGGGAGGCAGUGCCACAGGCAGGCCUACUCCCUCAGUAGUCCUUAUGGAAGGGGGACACGGUGAACCAGUGAGGCCCUCUAAAUAGUGCCAGCAUCGGCUGAGACCCAACCAAUGGGACUGUUUUGAAAACAUCGACCUGAUAGGGUUUACAACAAGUAAACUGUGCUUGUUUGGGUCAGCAGCACACCUCCUGCAUGCUGUUCGGUCCUGAAACUGCUCCUUCCACCCACACAGCUUCUCAGCCUUUUCAAGAGUCCGGUCCACGCUGUGGAGCCUGUAUGGGGUAAAAUGCUGUUGGUGGUUUUGCUAGAUUUUAUAGUGGAUGUCUGUUACCAUCCUGAUUUUGCUGCUUAAGAAGCUUUUUGCCUCCGAAACACUCAUUGUUCAAUGUAAUACAUUUUGUCACCC